CCCGUGCCUGAUUCCCUGCAGGGCUGCCUGGGGAGUCUCCCCUCGUGCGGGUGCUGGAGGACGAGUCCCGGAGCCGCCUGGGUCGCUUCAACCAGAAGGACGUGUCGAUGGUGUUCAGCAGUGUGAUGCGGCUACACCCCUCCAGCCCACACCCCCUGGUUGAGUCCUGCCUCAGCAGCCUGGAGCGGCACCUGGAGAAGGAGCGACACCCCCAGACCCUCUUCCUGCUGCUCUCCUACUACCGUCUGCGGGCGCAGGCGCUGCAGGGCCACGCAGCCUCCGACCAGCAGCUCAUCAAUAACCGCAAGAUCCUGCGGCUUGUGCGGCACACUCUGGGCCAGGUGAGCGCCAUGCGGGAGCAUGAGCUGGCCCUGCUGGAUGAGAUGCUGGCUCUGUGUGCCCAGGAGGCCAACAACAAGGCCCUGGAGGCCAUCUUCAGCUCCCAGCUCUUCUACGAGAACCGUCAGGAGCGCUUCAUCCGCAGCAUGGCAGAGUGGCUGCCCCGGAAGGCAGAGAACCUGACCCCCUACACCAUGGCCCUCAUCGCCAAGUACGUGGCACGGCACCGUCUGCGUGAGCCGCGGCUGCUCGGCACCAUCGCUAACUUCCUGCCGAAUGGCCCCCGCCUGGACCCACGCUACCGCGUCCUCAUGUUUGAGCAUGCACUGACGGCCGACGAGGCCAACAGGAAGUACAGCUACAAGGGGCUGGUGGCCGAGGCGCUGCGGCAGCUGGUGGGCGAGGAGUGCUACCGGCAGGACGAGGUGCUGCCCCCGGGGUACUGCACAG